UAUCAUCGUACGGCAGAACCCGUGUUGUGCACAGAGGUCCCCGCCUCCCGCAUGUCAAAAUAAGUAAUUAGUUCAAACCAACAUUGGCCAAGUUGCCAAAACAUUUCCAUGAAGGAGCAGUGUGUACGGAACUUUGUUUUGACUCAGGUUGCCAGUGGGGGACUAGUUUGUUUGGACUGAAGGAGUUUUCGUUGCGGUGUAUAGAUACCCGCCGGGAAUGCGGAGUGCUCAAUAUGGAUCUCUCAGCGAGUGGUGCCAAAGCAAUCCUGUUUAUAGCUCUCUUGCAUGGCUGUCUGUUUCUCAUUGCUGGCUCCGGCACCGAAGAUCCUCUAGACAGUUCCACCAUGGACAUCUCGUCUCGGCGCUUCAGAGCUGAGUUCCUCCAGGAAUACCAAAUGUCUGCGGAUGCUCCUUACUUCGAUGGCAGCACUCCAAGGAACAUUACUGGCCUGGUCGGGCAUCCAGUACGGCUCCUUUGCAGGGUUAAGAAUCUGCAGAAUAGAACGGUAUCAUGGGUCCGGCACCGGGACAUCCACCUGCUGACGGUGGGGCGCUACACGUACACGUCGGACCAGCGCUUCGAGGCGCAGCACAAGCCGCGCUCCGAGGAGUGGGCGCUGCGCAUCCGCAGCCCGCAGCGGCGCGACUCCGGCCAGUACGAGUGCCAGAUCUCCACCACGCCGCCCAUCGGCCACGCCGUGUUCCUCAACAUAGUAGAACCAGAGACAACGAUAUCGAGUGGUCCAGAGCUAUUCAUUCAGGCGGGGUCCACUAUCAAUCUGACGUGCACAGUCCGCCACACGCCCGAGCCGCCCUCAUCAAUAACCUGGACGCAUGGUGAACAGGUGAUAAACUUCGACUCAGCUCGUGGUGGGAUAUCGCUGGUGACGGAGAAAGGCCUGAAGAGUACCAGCCGACUGCUGGUGCAGCGGGCAAGAGGCGCUGACGCGGGCUUGUACACCUGUGGGCCCAAUAACGCUCCUCCUUCGUCCACUAGGGUGCAUGUGCUAUCAGGUGAGCACCCAGCUGCAAUGCAGCAAGGCUGCGCAAAAUCUUCCCUGGACAGAAUAACAUCGAUAUCAUGUUGCUUACUAAGUGUAUACCUAUUGAGAAAACCAUCUUUCAGCAAUUUGCAUUUCGGUACCUGAAUAAAGAUUGUACACAAUGUGUACGAGCGAGAUUUUUUACACAACUUUUGAAAGUUUUAAAAAUAAGGUUUAGAAUUGGAUAGCGGAAUAAAUUUUAAUCAUUAAAAGUCAAAGACUCUAUAAAACUCUUUCUAGAUAACGAUAGAAAUAUUAUAUUCUCGCACUUAAAGAGGUUCAAUUAUUUACUUGGAUAUUCUCAAAAACCUAUCUAUGUUGUGAAUAAUAAUUAAUUUUCAUAAAAUGUCUUAAUUAUCACUCAUUUUUAUUUAAUUAUAUAUUUUUUAAUUCUAUUGCACAAAAACAAACAGAAGUACAAUAUUAUAAAAUUUAGGGUAGAGUUACUCGUACUAUUAUUGUAAAUAAAAUAUUAAAGUCUAUGAAAUGUUGUAAAUAUUAAGAAUUUAUGUAAAUAAACCAUAAAAUUAAAUAUAAUAUGGAUAUUAUAUCAUAAAUGAAGUUUAAAAUCAGUUGAAUAUCCGUUAAUGUUAAUUAUAACAUUUGAUAAUUUUUUAGGUAUUGCUGUAAAUAAUUUACAUUUAGUUGUAUUCCAGUAAAAUAUUUAGACACGAAUAUUAUUGUUAUUUUAAGCAAUUUGAGUCCAAUAAAGUAACAUUAAAUGUAA